AUGGCGGACCGGUUCUUCCCAAAUAUAAUGCCAGAUUUCGUAGCCGAAACUCCAACUUUACCAACCCAAGAAGCAGAACCCGAAAUUGGGUCUAGCUCACUCAUGAAACUCCUCUCCAUGCCUUACCCAUCUCUCUCCGAGCGCUUCAAGCGCACAGCUUUGGACCUCAAAGAAACCAUACUCACAGAGACAUGGGGAGCCACUGGUCAACGCGUCCAUGACUUCACUCUCUACUCUGGGGCUCUGGGCACUGCCCUUUUGCUCUUCAAAUCUUACCAAGUCACCAGCAACACGAAUGAUCUGAGUCUUUGUUCUCAGAUUAUCAAGGCCUGUGACUCUGCUUCUCUUGGUUCAAGGGAUGUGACAUUCAUAUGUGGCAGAGCUGGUAUUUGUGCUCUUGGGGCUGUUGCAGCAAAGCACCUCGGUGACUCUGCUUCUCUUGAUUAUUAUUUAGCCCAGUUUAGGGAGAUUAAGCUGUCAAGAAAUCUCCCUGAUGAAUUGUUGUAUGGGAAAGUUGGGUUUUUGUGGGCUUGCUUGUUUUUGAACAAACAUCUUGGUGAGGGUACAAUUUCUUCAGCAUACAUGAGAGCAGUUGUGGAUGAAAUUAUCAAGAACGGCCGAGCAUUGGGCAAGAGAGGAAGAUGCCCCUUGAUGUUUGAAUGGUAUGGGGAGAAGUAUUGGGGAGCUGCACAUGGAUUGGCAGGGAUUAUGGAUGUUUUGAUGGACAUGGAAUUGAAGCCAGAUGAGGUUGAAGAUGUCAAGGGCACUCUCAAAUACAUGAUCGAUAAUCGCUUUCCUAGUGGUAACUACCCUGCUAGUGAAGAAGAUAAAAACAGAGAUGUUCUUGUUCACUGGUGUCAUGGAGCUCCUGGAAUUGCCCUCACUCUUGCAAAAGCUGCAAAGUUUUUUGGAGAUAAAGAAUUUAUGGAAGCAGCUGUUGAUGCAGCAGAGAUGGUGUGGAAACGCGGACUGCUAAAGCGAGUUGGCAUUUGCCAUGGCAUUAGUGGGAAUGCAUAUGUGUUCCUUUCGCUCUACCAACUGACAGGAAAUCUAGGGUUCUUAUACAGAGCUAAAGCUUUUGCGUGUUUUCUAGUUGAUAGAGCGAACAAGCUUAUAUCGGAGGGAGAGCUCCAUAGAGGUGAUAGCCCUUACUCCUUGUUUGAAGGGGUUGGCGGUAUGGCUUAUCUUCUUUUGGACAUGAUUGAACCUUCUCAGGCAAAGUUUCCUGCUUACAAACAGUAAACUGUGUUUGUAAGAGCGAAGGGGAAGCCUCCUUGUGUAAAAUUACCGUCACUCGUUGUAAUUUAUACUGAGUAUAUAUGACAACUUUUCUGACCAGGACAGGCAAGUCGGAGCUGUUGGAAAAAAUAAGUCAUAUCCUGGAAGAACAGAAUGCAAAAGUUAUCUUUCUUGUUACCUACCUGUAUGGAACUUGCAAUGGAAAACGGAAUCCAGAUUUCUCAUAUAAAGAUGAAUAGACUGCAAGAUCUUCCUCGGAGAACCAUGGUGGUAGAGGAGUUGCAGGGUCAAUCAAGUCCAUGAUUUCUUGAUCAGCAGCAGCUACUGGGACCUCACUUCUGGAGAAGAGAAUGUAGAUGUUCCUUAUCACAGUAUUAACAUCAAAGCGACCAAAAUCUGCUUCUGCUCUCCCUGGUUCCUGGAAUUAGAAGCCAUGGGGGAAUAGAUGAUUUUGGACACCAGAGAGACCGGUGGUUAUCAGAAUGGGUUGCUAAAAAAAAUUGAAGAAAAGAGUUGUUAUCCGGUGGUUAUCAGAAUUUUGGAUCUUACCGUGUCCAAUUUCCGCUGCACGAAGCUUUAGUCCUCUUACUACCACAUUUCUGUGUUGUAUCUGUUCCAUGAGAGCAAGAAAGAGACUCUUGAGUGAGAGAAGAAAAUGAAAUAAGAGAGGAUGGCAGGCAGAAUAAGUAAAUAGAUAAUGUCAAGAAGUCAAGCGUUUGUUUCUUGUCAUUGUUGUCAAGCAUUUGUUUUAAUUGCCGCCUUUCAUUGUUUUAAGUUUAUGUCAAUACAUAGAGGCUUGCGUAUGUCUAACAAAACCAUGUACUACUUUGAGGAUUGUGAAAAAUUUAAGGGUUUGCAAUGACUGCCACUCAAUGUUCAAGUUGAUAGAAAAAAUUACCAAAAGGAAA